AUGCCCUCCCUCAAGAAGAAGCCCUCAGCCACCGUGUUGGUCAAGAGGAAAGGAACCAAAGUGGUGCAGAAGUUGAAUCCCUUUGAGGUUCGGAUCAACAAGAAGAAGCAUGAUGUUCUAGGUCAGAAGAGCAAGUCUGACAAGGGUCUACCUGGUGUGGCACGCUCCAAGGCUGUCAAAAAGCGCAAGAAGACUCUGCUAGUGGAGUACCAGCAGCGGAACAAGACCAACGAGUUUGUAGACCGUCGGUUUGGAGAGUACAAUGAUGACCUGACAGCCGAGGAAAAAAUGAUGAAGCGGUUCACUCUCGAAAGGAAGAGAAAGCACGAGCGUUCCAGCUUGUUUACUCUCAAUGAUGAUGAUGAAGAGGGGCUUACUCAUUAUGGCCGGUCCAUCGGAGGCAUGGAGAAGUUUGAUCACAUCGAGCUUAGCGAAAAUGAGCUGGAGGAUGAAGAUAUUGGUGACACUCAUUUUGGGGGAUUUUUGAGGAAGAAACAGAAAAUCAGUGAGACUGAAGACGAUGUUAAACCGGACAGACUGAGGAGCAGGAAAGAGAUCAUGGAGGAGGUGGUGGCUAAGUCUAAAGCAAUGAAGUACAAGCAGCAGAGUGAGAAACAAGAUGUAGAGGAACUUCUGGAUAAGAUCAACACUGAUUGGAAAAGCCUGCAGACUACUCUGCCAUUCGCUAGUGAUGGGAGCAAAGGACAGAAGCUGAAGACUGAUGACUAUGACAAGACAGUGAGGGAGUUAGCUUAUGAGAAGAGAGGACAACCCACUGACAGAAUGAAGACAGAGGAAGAGAUAGCAAAAGAGGAGAAAGAAAAGCUGGAAAAACGAGAGGCUGAUCGUGUCCGUAGGAUGAAGGGUGUGAUCCCAUCGGGUGAUGAUAUGACAACAGAGUCGGCUGACUAUAUCAGAGACCAACCGAUAGUCAAAAAGAAAGUCCAGUUUACACUUCGGUACAAAGACGGGAAGAUUGUGCAAGAGGAGGGUGGUCCGAGUGUGUAUGAGGCUGUUGGUAGGAGGGGUGAGAGGCGUGAUCCUAGUGACGUGGGUGGAGAGAGUGACUCUGAUGAGGAUUGCGAGGGUGAUGAUGCUAGCGAUGCUACUGGUGAUGGUGACGUUUGUGAGGGUGGUGACCCUGGUGAUGAGUAUGGUUCCGACCUGGAGUCCGAUGUCAGUGACCACGAGUCAGAUAUUGAGGAGCCAAAUCAACCUAUCAUCAAAGGACCCUCAAAAGCAGAAAUUAAGAAAAUGAAGAAGCUGGCUUCCAAAGAGUUACCCUAUACAUUCUCUGUGCCAAAAAGUCUUGAGGAGUUGCAAGCCAUAGUGUCAAAUCGGUCCCCAGAAGAGUGUCUAACUGCAGUUGAAAGGAUUCACUCUUGUAACCACCCUUCAAUUGACCCUGGAAACAAACAAAAACUUCAGGACUUCCUACCGACGUUUGUAGACUACUGCACCAGUCUGGGAGAACAACCAACCAGAGAUAGUCUUGAGGCUUUAGACAAGAUGGCCAGGCCUCUGUUCAAGCUCUCUCAGCUGAGCCCCCUAAACACUGCUCAGGUAUUUCAAAAGAAACUGCAGCUGUGUCAUCAGCUUUGGACUAUUUCUGGAGGGAAACGAUACCCCCCUCUCUCUGAAGUAUUUCUUUUGAAGCUAAUCGCCGUGGUGUUCCCCACAUCUGACUUUGAGCACCCCAUCACCACACCUACUCUCAUCCUAAUGGGUCAGCUGUUAGCAAAGUGUGCUGUAAAGAAUCUGAGUGACCUUGUUUCAGGUCUUCUUUUGUGUCAGCUAGUUAUUGAGUACAUUGGUCAGUCAAAGCGCUUGAUGCCAGAGCUGGUCAACUUCCUAACCAGUGUGGUGGGAUACUUUGCUGUGGACGGAACAGGGAUAUGUCUUCCCCCUCUGACUGGCAAAGUAUCUCAUAUGUCCAGCCUCCUCUCUGUUGAAGGUGGAGAGAGUAUUCCAACAUUUCUCUCACUGAUUAUUGAUGCCAGUCAACCAAGAGCCAAAAAUGCUGGAUGUUGUGUACUCAAAACUGCACUGUCAGCAAUUUCAAGUAUCGUUGCGUUGUACUCUGAUCUCCCCUCGUUCUCAGAGCUUGUUGCUCCCUUGCUCACCAACCUCCAAAAUGCCGUGAAGAGAAGUUGGCCCCCUUCUAUUGAGGAACUGCUGACUGAGACACUGGAGCUGGUGUGUAGUAAGGGGAGCAAGGACAAAAAUGUGUUGCAGCUACUCACACAAAAACCAAAGUCCAUCAGAUUCUACGAGCCAAAGUUUGAUGAAAUCUAUGAGGUGAACAGAAAGAAAGCCAGAAGCAAGUCUGUCGGUGAGCGGCAGAAGUUGAAGCACAAAGUCAAGAAAGAAAUAAAAGGAGCUAUUAGAGAGAUCAGAAGAGAUGUUGCUUUCUUGGCUAAGGAAAAAUUAUCUGAAAGACUACAAUUAGAUAAUGAGCGAGCAGCCAAGACAAAGAAGAUACUCCAUGAUUUGCAAAUGGGCCAACAUGAAGUUAAGGAGGAGAGAAGAAAGUCAAGAAGAUAAAACACUUGAUAAUGUGCAAUGAUUGUUUGAAGCAAACCGCGGCUAUAAAAAUUAAUAUAUUUAUUAUACAAGGGGAUUUCCCCUUACCGCCGAA